UGAGCGAUUUACCGGGGUUAUAUAAGGGCGAGCGGGCGGGCUGGAAACGUCAGUUUGAGUUCAUCGUCUGUCAGAGCUAGACGUACGUCGCGAGUUUUUAAGUGAAGUUAUUUGUUUCUUUAUUAUUUUACUUGUUGCGAGAAAGUGAUAAAUUGUGUUAAUCAAGGUGAUUGUUUUAUCUUAUUUUCUUUUAUUUGUGAUUGAUAAAGCGGCGUAAUCAUGGAUGCCCGCAAUAACGAAGAAAGUAACAUUUCUGAUGUUGUUGAUAAUUUGAUGAAUAUGUUCGGUAAGGUGAUGAGUAAAGAUGUCAUAUCUGCCGUUGUGGAAAGCUGCGACGGUGACCUGAACCUUUCGGUGGACGCCAUAAUGAACAUUACUAACGAUGGCAAUGUAAUGUCAGAAGAGGAACAGCCAGCCGUAAAUCAAAAUGUUGCUUGCCAAAUACCAGUGGUCACUCAGCCAAAAGUAAAGCAAGCAGCGGUGAUGGAACCAGGAAUUGCCGAACCAGUAGAAACGCAACCACAAUCAACGCAACUAACCCAACCUUCAUCUUCAUAUGCAACAAUUUCUUCAGCAAAACCUAUUUCAAACACUGGUACUGUACCAAAAAGUCAUAAUGCUCCAAACCCGCAAACAGAUUCCACCUGGACUGAGCAAAUUAGAAACAUAAUAUGCAACCACAAUCAAGGUAGCAGAAUACUGAUUCUUAUGAGAGGUGUGCCGGGAAGUGGUAAAUCAUAUUUAGCUCGAAAAUUAGUAGAUAUGAUGGUUGGCGGCAGUCAUAACAAUUAUAGAGCUCAUAUAUUAACAACGGAUGACUACUUCAUGAUCAGGGGUCAAUAUCAAUACGAUAAGUUUAGAUUGUCAGAAGCACACUCAUGGAAUCAACAAAGGGCUCGAAAUGUGUUGAGAAUGGGGAUGAGUCCUGUUAUAAUAGAUAAUACAAAUAUUGAAUUAUGGGAAAUGGAGCCUUAUUUAAGAGAAGGUGUUAAGAAUGGUUACAUUAUUGAAGUAGUGGAACCAACAACACCUUGGGCUAAAAAAGCUAAUAUACUUCUAAGAAAGAAUGUCCACAAUGUGCCAUUAGUUUCCAUAAAAAGAAUGCUGGAAAAUUACCGCGAGGGUGUAACUGGCGAAAUUUUGAAGAAUGCAUUUGGUUUGUCUUAUCCUAGAAGUAUGGUUCCUCCUGUGCAGCGUAAUAUUCCUUGUGUUACAAAAAAGGAAAAUAUUCAACAAGACACUGCCGCCACCAGUAUUGAACCUGCAACAGCCACUACUUCUGCUGAUGAAACAAAUCCAAACAAACAAUUUUUUCGUUCGUCGGUGAGUAAUAUGGAAACGACGGAACAACAGAUUGUUGAUAAUGAAACCGUGCAGCAGGAAGCCUCCCAAAACGAGACUCCGAAUUUUUCAGGUGUUCACGUCACUCCGCGGACCCAAGAAAUGUUAGACGAACCCUUCAAUGUCCGAGAAAAAGAGCUCGAGGAAAUUCAAAAAGCAGAAAUAGAAUGGGAAAAUGGUGAUAAUUGGGAAGUUGAAGAGCAAUCUUCAAAACAAACUGAAAAAAAUAAUACCUCUGCUACAUCGAUACCAGAAGCAAAACCUCAAAGAAAACCUCGUACUUCAUCAGAAGCACUACAAGAAUCUGCGGAAACCCUUAUGCAAAACGUUAGCGGCUGUCAAGACUGGAGCAAAAUAUCGUUAUUUAUGCCGUCUUGGGGUGACUCAGCUACCGUACCAAAUAUUACUGUACCUUACGACGUACCAGUUGAAACUUCAUCUGCGGAAACCUGUGUGGAAAUCGGGGACACAGAUGUCAACGGAAAAUACAAGGUCAUCAGUGCUACUCCUCGUAACAUAAACCACCUUCACGUUUCAUUCCGCCGUGAAAAGAUACCACAAAAGUUCAUGCUAGAUAAAAGUAGCAUGACUAACGAGGUAAUGCUAUUAGAAAAUGAUGAUUUUGUUUGUCCAAAUAUUGAACAACAUUUUAUUUCCCUUAGAAAGAUGUUCAGGAAUAUUGCUCGCUCCGAUUUAAGGGAUAUCUUCGACAAAUGUCGCGGUGAUGUAAACUGGAGUGUGGAUAUCGUUCUCGACGGAAUGAAUAAUAAUCAGUUAAAAAUAAUGGACAUUGAAGAACUGUCAGACGCUGAAGAAGAAAGUUCAGAGCCGUGCUCAUGCCUGGCCCAUUAUAAUAUUAUACCAAAUAUAGCUACAACCAGUGCAAAACAGACCUCUAUCGAAAAAAAAGAUAAGGUAACAGAAGUGAUAAAUUCAAAGUCCCAAACACAAAAGAAGGAAAGGAAGCGUGACAUGGUCAUGUCUGAUGAAAAUAUUCAAAUCAAAAGACAAAUAGAACAGAAUGUAGUCAUAGCUGACAACCACUAUUCGAAGCACUGCCUGAAGAUACGGAAGAUACGUCGCGAGAACCAGAUGUGAACGAGUGUGGUGAAGAACUUGGAGCUGCUGCGCUCUCACAAGCUACGCUUUCUGAUAGUUCUAACUCUGUAGAUAUGGAAGUUAGUGAUGACGAGAAUAGCUCUUCUGAGUCUAGUGUAAGUGGUGUUGAUGAUGAUGUAAUAGUCACUUUUAAUGUGGGCCACCCUUUCAUAGAAGAAUUAGAUGAAAAACUAGGCAGGAAGGGUAUGGAAUAUCCAUCCUUCAUAGUGCCAAGGAUUAGUGUACCGAUGUCGUUAUUGAAUGAAGUCAGUGCGUUAUGGAUGGAAUCGUUAACAUUUCAGUUAGAUGAGCACGCGAACCAGGCUGCAGCUAUGAUGCAACAAGAUGAAGAAUUUGCAAGACAACUGGAGUUGAAGGAAACAGAAAUGUCUCUCGCCGGUAAGGAACCAGAUGUACCAGACUUCAAAGAGAUAAUGGACAUGGAUAUGGCGCUGGCCAUUUAUCAGAAGGAUGUGGGUGAAUGGCGUAAUAACAUGCCAACAGAUUUGGCGGCUAAGAUGACAAGAGAUAAACUCUUCAACUUGUUCCCAGAAGUUAGUCAGGAUACUCUUACUGAACUACUCAUGGCUCACGAUAACAAUUUCAAUGCUACUGUCGAGAUAUUGCUCUCAUCCACCGGUCGGAGUGACGUUUUGGAACAAAAGAACGGCAUCAAUAAAUUUGUGAUGGCGGAAGAAAUGAAGGUCAAGGACAAGAUUUUAGAGAACAGAAGAAGGAACUAUCGGAGACGGAAUGGCCACUGCUGAGCAAAGGUCAAAAGGUCGACAUGGCUACGGUGGACGCAUAUCGCGAACAAGCUGACAACCAUCUUGCACGGCGCAAUCUAAAUUACCAGAAGGCUCAAGAAUACAUUCGUCGUGCCAUGCCUCAGGUUGCUAACUAUUACUCGGAACUUGCUAACUUCCAUAAGCAGAAAUAUGAGUACGCAAACAGUAUGGCUGCGGCUACCUUGAUGCAAUUCCACGCAGCGAAGAAUCCGGAUAGCACCACCAUAGAUCUCCAUUACUUGCGCGUGAAAGAAGCCCGAGAGUCCCUCGACAUAUUCAUCGACACCCACAUCACCAAGCUCAGAGAUUCAGGAGUACGUCGCAACCAGGUCUUGUUCUUCAUUACUGGCCGUGGAUGCCACAGCCAGGGACGUGCCGAAUAAAACCA